UUAGCGUUUAAGGCCAUGAAAAUAUAAUAAACGAUUAUAUGACAAAAUAUAUGAUUCUUCUGAACUUUCACAAACGAUUGGAAUAUUAUUACUAGUCAUUCAAUCUCCGAUGUUGACCUUGCCAACGGCUUCAAGGUUGUGAAAGACCAUGAAACUUUACGAACAUUUGAUUUUGAUACAAAAAGAUGAAAAAGGCAUGGCAUAGUGAUAUAUGUCCUCAAAAACACUACAAUGACUAAUACGAAAUUGCAAGACAAUGGAAAAUUGAAUUCAUAACUAACAACGGUAUGCCAAUUUGGAUUUUUAGUGAUCGAUUGCAGAAUAUUAUUAUUGAGUUUGAUACAUCUGACCAUCAAAAUGAAUGACGGCCGAAUGUUACAUGUGAACAAUUUCUCCAAGAAAUUUCGUAAGAAAACUUCAAUGGAGAACAACGUUCUAUCCAAGAAACUAAAUGUCUACACGAGCUCAAUGAACAGACACAAAACGAUCGAAAAACACAAGCGCCAUAUGGAGACCAUCCCCAUGUUGAAAACAUACAUGGAUAUCAAGUGUGUACAAAAAAUUAUGACCAUGCGCAAAGUUAAAGAUGAUAAUAAUGAAGAAAUUACGAAGCCUAUUAAACGAACUGAUCCUUUCGAUAUGAACGGAUUAUUCAGAAAGAGUAAAACUAUUUUUGGAGAAUAUGGCGGGACUACUACCGUUUCGAUUAAACCAGAUAUAGAAAAACUUAUCUCGCACAAUCAUCCAAAAAAUAGAAAACAUCGCAAAGUUAUGAGACACUUGGAAACGGGGGAAGAUACCGGAAAUUUGUUGGCUUUGGACAGAGCGAGAACAAUAAUGGACGAACUCAUGGAACGUCCUUUCCACCCAUCGAGGUUUAAUACCCCCAAACGAGUGCGUGAUUGUAAACUUCCACAACUGGUCCAGAGCCCCCGUCACACGAUGCAUUCAAGUGAAGAGACGACUCAACCAUCCGCGAGGACUCUAAGGCUACCACCUGUAGAAGUCAGAAAAACAUUUAAAAAUAUUAAGAAAGCGAUCGAGAGAAGAACAAAUCCAACGCAUAAAAUAAUACUCAAUCCAGAUAAUAAUCGUUCCGAUGAGACAGCAAUCAACAAUGUCAACGAGACAUCAAUACAAUCCGAUAGAGCGGUUAAAACACAAUAUAUAAAUAUAAUUCUAAAUGGAUCCGUUCCUAAUAAGAAACAUCUUAUAGAUAACAAAGUAUCUAACAAUGAGAAUGCAAUAUCAGAUCCAUCAAAAAAUAGUGUCCAAAAUGACGAACAUAUGACUGCGAAAUAUAUAGAAGGAGAACGUAGUCCGCAAUCUGGGAAUGAGUUUUCGAAAAAUGGAGAACGCACGCCGAUACUUCAUUCGACUUCACCACGGAAAUCACAAUACUCGAACCAUUUAUCCCCAACACGUCGUACAAGUGACUCAUCGCACCCCCGAAUAGGACCUAGGUCACAAACAAAUUUAAUUUUGAAGUCACACAGUCCAACGAUCCAUGAACUUGAUGAUGAUGAACAAUUAUAACAUCUCGAAAUCUUCACUGGGGAGUAUCGUGAUGCAACAACACCGUGUUGUUGCAUCAAGAUGGCCAGACUUCCGGUGAUAGAUUUUCGUACGAUAUUUUGUUUCCCCAAUUAAACCCAUUUCUAGGACGAGUUGCUCAAUAACCAUACACGUGCAGUUAGCGAACGAUCUAUAUUUAAAGAAACUGUCAUUAGUAUACAUGUACCAUCACCAAGAAGCAAUAAGUUCACGGUUUUAGUUCCUCACUAUUGAUGCAACAACACCAAACCGAAGAUGCAACAACACUCCUCUAGAUUUGAGCAAUGAUGCAGCAACACCAAUUAAUAGUAUAAUUUCAGAAGACCAUAAAUCUCGAGAGGAACAGAUUUUUAAAUGCUACUAUUGCAAUACCGUUACCAAUUAGCCUACCCAUAUUUGCGUUCUUCUCAAGGCAUUCAAAAUACACGUCCUGUGGGCGAAGAUCCUUUAUAUGUAUUUUCAAAAAUUUAUACUUUUACAUAUUAUAAUGUACUGGACGUUAUUCUAUAACAUAGUUCAAUCGCCUUUAACAUGGCAAGCUUUAGUAACCCAAUCUAUUUUCAUAAACCACUGUUCCAUAGCUUGAUGGCCCUGACUCCAGUUAGUAUCAUUCAAAAUGGUGGACAAACAUCUUUCGUUCUCGGUAAACAUGAUGAGCUAUUGGAUAUUAUCAUGAUAUUAUCUGUCAUCCAUCUGUGGAACAGUGAUAAACUAGUAGAUGUACAGGGGCGGAUCUGGGAACCAACAAG